AUGCGAGUACGAACCUCGACUGAUCAUUCAGGCACUCGAUACCUCAAAGCACGCGAUCUGGACUCUGUUCUGGCAACCGACCAUCAUUCCAACUUGACCAAUAUUGCUCCAUCCACGGAUCCCAGCAUCCUCUUUGCAUCCGGUGGUACCUGCAUCGUGCAGCCUGAGGUGACUCAAGGGCCAUACUAUAUCGCUAGCGAACUUAUCCGCCGCAAUGUCGUCGAGGACCAACAGGGCGUGCCUCUGUUCAUGGACAUUCAACUCAUUGACACCAACACUUACGAACCACUACCAAGCAUUUACACAGAUAUCUGGCAUUGUGACGCUAUGGGGGUCUACUCAGGAGUAGUCGCGGGUGGAAAUGGGAACGAAAAUGACGAGAGCAACCUCAACACAACUUUCCUGCGCGGUGUCCAGCCCAGCGGAAAAGACGGAGUCUUGUCACCCGCCCCGCCAAUGAAACCAAACAUCUUCUCAACGGAACCAUCGCGGGCAUGUAUGAUGGCCACUCCUCGCGCGUUGGUCAAGUCUUCUUCGAUCAGGAUUUGCCCUCCGAGGUUGAAAAGACGAAUCUCCUACGCUACCAACACCCAAGACUUUACAUUGAACAAAGACGACAUGAUUCUUGAAACCGAAGCCGAUACCACAGAUCCUUUCAUGGAAUACGUUCUCUUAGGAGACCGCAUCUCAGACGGCAAACGCGUUGACACCCUGUCUCCGUCGGAGGGUUACUGA